AUGAGUGACUCAAAGGAACGUGAUAACGGGGAGAGGCCCAUCCUACAUUUUUCUAUUGAAGAGAUCUUAAAAAGAAAAUCCAGGGAGGUCUGCUUACGCACGACGACGAUCUGCAAUAACCACGCUGAGGAUGCUCAAAUCCUCAGAACAGAGCCAAUUUCAGAAACGGCUAAGGGUAAGUAAGUACCGCUGCUUCUAGUUUAUGAAACUUAUAUGAGCCUUGAUCCUCUUAUGCCCUUGAUCCUCUUAUGCCCUUGCAUGACUCCAAAGUUUGAUUGCUUAAGACAGCCACCAGCCACAAUUUAUUUCAUGACUUAAUAUCAUCAUGCUUAAUAUCUUCGCAUUCAAAAUUACUUUAUUUAUGAUACCAACGUAUAACCCUUUGGGCAAGAUGAUGGAGGGGUGGAAUUCAAAUGUGUUCUCCAGUCGGCAAAACACUGCAAUAAGUUGGCCUGGCUAGGGCUGCUGCGAUGUUGCACCUUUAACAGAAGUGCGCUUGGCAGAGGUUCGACAGGUGCAGCUUUUCCCAACAUGAAAAUGCAUUGAUGACAUCCCUUCUACGUGAGAACUUUGACAAACUUCAUACAACGAAGCCAAAAUUUUGGUCUUUUUGUUAAAUAUUUGAUCUGGCAACCCUACAAUAUAUGUACAGGUGCAGGUGAAACGGGAAAGAAUGGAGCGGGGGAGGGGUGUCCUGACAUCACAUCCCGACACUAUGAAAUGAAUUGAAAUUUGAAAUUUCAAGCCACUUUGUUCCAUAUGAAAAUUGCAAAACUGUCAGCCUGAGAUUUCAAAAAGUUGUGAUGCCUGGAAGUGAAAAGGCCCUGUGCUAACAUACACAAAGACAAGCAACUGCUAAUUCUUUAGGAAGGGCUGUGCAGUGUGAAAACACUGCAAUUAGCAACUAAGAUUGGAAGACCUGAGGUGAUUUCUAGUGUUGUGAAUGUUUACUUCUGGGUGGCUUCCAACAUAUAUAAAAACAUAAUAAAACAUUAAACAUCAAAUCCUUCUAUGAUCUAUGACCAGAUUAAUCUAGAGCUGUUUUUUCCAAACGAGAUGAUUUUGCUGCAAAAAAACUUACUUCCGUGCUGAGAAAAAGGGCAUGCACAAAACACGUACAUGAUAUCCUAUAGCAAAAGGAAAUAUCUGUUUUACGCAGUUUAUGCAUGUAGCAGACAGAAACAGAUUUAGGGGCAUGCAACCAGUUCGGAUCCACGGAGUGCAGAGCUUCGGAGAUGCCUCAGGAGACACCACAACUAUUAUUUAUAAUGAAGAGAGAGAGGCAGGGGGCACAAAAUUUUGGCAUUGCAUAGGGAGCCAUUGAAAUUCGAGACCCCAAGGUCCACCACUGUGGUGGAGACCCACCAACAAUUGCGAUUUCCCACCAUUUAUUAAGGGUGUUUGUUCGCUGACUCCAUGCAGCCCAACUUAUGAAUUGAAUCAGAUUGAUUCAGGGAAAGUUAGUGUGCUUCCAAGUCAGAUCACGCAGUUAACAAGGUGCCUUAAGGCAGAUCAGGGAUUUCCUACACUUCCAAGUAGGGAUGGAAUGAGCUGUCAAGUUCCAUUCUCUAAAUUUCUCAUUUGUCUAAUAUUAACUUCAGCUUUCCACAUUUCUGCAGCGAUUUCUGGUGUUUUUUUUAUUAUAAAAUCCUCAUGAACAUUAUCGGAAAUUUAGUGUGACUUUUUCUCAUGUAAUUCACUUUGUACAUUCUUUUCAGUGCUGUGUUAAUUUUUAUGCACUUUUUCCUAAUAUAAGCAUUUUUGUAAACAUUGGUUGACCAAUAGGUUGGAAAACUACAUUGCAGAAUUCGGAUAAGCAUGAAUUUCAAAUGAUGGCUAUAUUUCGCUUCCCAAAUUGUUUCAGAAAGUAUGAAAUUGAUAGAUUUGGCUUCAAAUGCAGACUGAAUUGAAUUCCCCCUGUGAACCGCCCUGAGACCUGCGGGUUUAGGGCAGUAUACAAAUUUAAUAAAUAUAAUAAUAACUGUCCAAAAAUGCAUUAGGGGGAAAUCUCAUUCAGUCAAGCCCGGGCCUUCUCCCACAUGUGGAGUCGUCGCUUCCAUAGACAGGGCUAACUGGUAUAUUUCCUUUCCACCAUCACCUUUGCAGCUAAUAGCCUGAGAGCAGUUUCAGCAGAGUUGUAUGAAGCAGAAAUCUUCUUCAAAUAGUACUCCAGUAACAAAAGAUCUAUUGUAACUUUUUUUCCUAGGCUCCCAAAUUUGCAUCUGGCUUUCAGUCUGACUUUUCAGUCAUUACUUUGAACUAAGGCUUCCAGAAGUGAAUUCAACCAUCCUAUCUUACAUCUUGCUGCAAAGGCUGAAGCCAAGGCAAUUUGAAACAAACCUCAAAGCCAUUUCUCUCCCGAUUAGUAACAUUUCUCUCAGCCUGCGCCAGGCUAAAAUGUCACAAUUUCUGGAAGUCAAAUGCUACAUUUACCAAAGUAAAAUGUCAUCCUGGCUCCAAAGACCUCCCCCCGCCCAACAUUCUGUGUUUCACCUGCUCCACUUUCCCUUUUCCUCAAAGAGAAUAUUCUAAAGGGUGCAGAGAAAGUUAACAUUUUCCUACUCAUGUUUUAAAAGCUUAUGCAAAUAUGGGACUAGAAAGGAGCUGAAGAGACUGGCAUCUUAGUAUUGUCAGUCAGAAGGGUCAGAUGGAAAACUAGGACCCAUUGCAAGAGCUUUUCGGAGUACAUUUUUACCCCUGAUUUCUUAGGACAGUGCUGACUGGGGAUGAUGGGAGUUGUAGCUGAAAACAUCUGGAGGUCACCAGGUUGGAGAAGGCCGAUUUAGGGUCACCGCUUCUUCCUUUUGUCUAGCAGGCCUCCUGUUCAAGUCCAUCAGGCCUAUCAUCACAUGGAAGUAGGGGUUCUAGGCUUAUUUCCUCAGUUUGAGAAUGUGGCAGUGUUACUGGGUAGUUCAGAAUCUACAGAAUUUCCAUCCUGAGGGAAACUAUCUCAAGGCAGGGCAGUGCUCAAAAUAUCUAUCACUAGCAAGACACAAACCGUUUACACUAGUUCCAAUCUGAUGAGAAGCUGGAACUGGGGUAUGGAGCUGUCUUGUACCAAGUUAGACCCUUGGUCUAUCUAGCUCAGAAUUGUCUUCAGGAAACUGAGACAUGAGUCUGUCCUGCCUGGAGAUACCAGGGAUUGAACCUGGAGCUUUUUCCAUGUAAAACAUGCUGUACCACUGCAAAGUGGUCAUGCAACCUACUUUUCAGAGGACAGUCCUCUAUUUUCGAAGGUGUCCUCUGUUGAGGGGUUGUCCAGUUCAAGUCUGAUUUAAAGAAAUCAUAAAAAGGAACUUUGAAGUUACCCAUCCGCAGUUAACAACACCUGGUCAGCAGACUGAGCAGGCACACAUUGGUCACCUGGUGUUUUCCUCACUAUGGUGAGAUGUAUUAUAUUUGGAUAAAAUGAGAGAUUCGCAGGAGGUGGGUGAUUUUCUUCAGGACCACAGCAAGGAGGGAGAGAGUUCGGCUUUAUCUCCCAACAUGCCUAACAUGGCUGCUAUUCAACAUUCCUCCCCAGCCCUUGCCACCCUAGACCUAACUGCAAUCUGAAGCCGUGGCUGCUAUUUGCAUUUUUUAAAGUGCACAUUAAAUAAAAUUAAAAAACCGUAACUUACUGUAAUGAUUAGCUUGGCUCUCGGACUCCUAUCCAAUACCUUACCACUGAGUUAGACUGUACUCAAGUCCUGUUUGUAGGCUUUUCAUAAGGUUCUGGUUGUCCACUGUGAAAACAGGACAAUUGUCUAGAUGCAGCCUUGGCCUGAUGCAGCAGGACUCUUCUUACAUUUUCUCUGACUCUCCAGUUCCCCUCAGAUCAGCCUAUAUAAUCCAACCAAUGUGCCAUAAGCAGAGAGAAGUCACUUGGCAUAAAGGUGCAAGUUAGGAGAAGAAAUACCUUCUCCUGCAUCUCCUGGGAUUUCACAUAUGCAGGUCACAUUUGAUAAGGCUGUUCGGUAAAGUUAUGAUCACAGCUGUAGGGCUUCUGCUAAUAGACACUGGGUUAUGGGACUGUUUUAUAAAUGAAUAACAUUGUUGACCAUUUCCUCUCUAACAUCUUUUGUGGUUUUAUUGGUCUUUUCCCAAACUGAUCUAAGAACUCGUCAUUGCAGUCCAAGGAUUUGAUUUCUUGGUGUGUGUGUUUUUAUUAUUUCUUGGCUAAGAAUUGAGGGCAUGCCUUUUAUCUGUUGUUUUAACAAGAGUUUUAUCUUAUAUCAGUAAGGAGCAGAGGCCAGGUAUACUGAAGGUAAUGACAAAAUUACACUGCAGGAAUGGAAAGGGAGCAGGAAACCUGAUUGAGACAGAGAUCUGAAAAAGGCAAGAGCCUCUGAUUGAUGUGUAUAGCUUUGUAGGUACAAGUAACAACAGAUAGCAACAGGUAGCUUGUAAAUGGUCUGACAGAGAAACCUAUAAUAAAUCCAACUUCAUUCUAUAGUUCUGUUUCAAAAACACAAGUAUCAUCUGCUGUAUAUUUUGGAAAGGUCUGUGCAGAGGGUGUGGGGCCGCUGGGCACACUGAGCCCCAGGCCUCAGUGGGCUAAGCUGACCAGGGCCCCCCUGUCAGGGACCAGCUGCUUUUUCUGCUAGUUUAUAACUUUAGUCUCACAAGACUUCUGCCCUGGGCAAGCUCUGUAUGAGCUAUUUCUGUUCACUAUGGAUAACCAAAUUUUGCGUGAUGGUUUCUGAGAUCAAGGAGCAGACUUUCAUCUGAGAUAAAAGAGUGUUGGGUGCCAUUUUGAUCAAGACAGCAGACUCGGCUUUUCAAAACUGCACUGAUUUUAACCAAAUUUUGCAUAUCAUUUGCUGAGAUCAAAGAACAGGUUUUCUUCUAUGUUUGGAUAUAGUUGGGUGCCAUCUUGAAUCAAUACGGUGGAAUGAACCUCUCAUAACUGUACUGAUAGUAACCACAAAUUUCAGCACUGCACUGAUUGUUUGGUUUUUUAGAAUUCCCAAGCACAAGGUACAAGGCUGUUAGUUAAAUGCAAGAAGGGCCUUGCAUGAUCAGACUCACCUAGUCCAACCCUCUGUUUCUUACAACAGCCAAAAGCCCCCAACAGGGCAUGAGAGCAAUAUCAUUUUCCCAAUCUUGCUCCCUAACAACUAGGGAAGGUUGAAUUAGUCUAUUUCCAUCCGAUGCCACCUGUCUUCACUGAUGCUUGUCCCAUUUCCACAACAAUCUGCAUUUUUAAAAGAAAUGCAAUUUUUUUGCAAUCUGAUGUGUGAAAUGGACCUGAACCCUGAAUUCUAAGUCUAUAUUUGCAUCCUCAGGAGAGCCAGGGACAGCUCCCAAGUUUGGUGCAGUCCUUGGGCAAGAUGCCCUUGUUCAGGGCGGAGAUCCCCAAGUAGGAUUAGUCUUUGUCACUUUCAUCCCUGGCCAUUCAAUUGCCCUCUCCCACUUGGCCCAGUGCACAACACUGCUCCAAAGGAGAGGGGAAGUUGCAAGGAACUUGCUAUUCCUUUCCCUUGUGUCGCCAUAAAGCUUGCUGGGUUGGCCUGAAAACUGGUUGGGACAACUUCACUGCUCUCAUAUAGUUUUGAACUUCUUAGCCUAACCUUGGACUUUGGAAUUCUGGUUGUGUUCCUAGCUUGGUUAACUCCUCCGUCCUGUUUGUAGGCGCUCUGGGACAGAAUUAGCUUUUCUUGCUGCUGUUGCAACUAUAGCGUACUUCUCUUCCUCUCAAGUAACGGCCUCUGAUGUCAUGUCUGGAGCAGGAGGCAGGACGCAAAACUAUUAAAUACUGGGAAGCUCAGAAGCCUCUCUACAAAUGCCCCUUUCCAGGAUGAGAGUUGCUGUAAAUUUGCCAGAAGCAAAUCCAUUCCAACCAUACCAGUUGCCAACACAUCCUUGCUGGCAGUGAAUUCAAGGUGUGUUUGGCCUCCAAAGGUAUCUUCUUCCACACUGCAUUUGGUUUCAGCACACUGAACAGGGACCUUCACAAAACAUUGGUGAGCAUUUCAUAGCUUUGCAUGAGGAAGGGAGGAGUUGGGGAAGGGAGGGAGAAAGAGACAGAGAGCUCCCAGUCCUUCUCACUAUCCAUUCCCACUUCUCAUGUUGUUGUUUUUUUUGUUUUCAUUUGUUUUUGUUGAAUGAUUCUCUGCUCUUAGUGCCUGGGGCCUUCUGCUUACUCUCUGUUCCAGCCCUCCUCUCCAAUAAUUAAGCAAUCUAUGAUUGGUGUCUGGGUAAAGGCAGCUUUUUGUCUGAAAGUUUUGGGCUGAAAGAAAUGAAAUGGAGCCUUUAAACAUCCCAGCAUCCUGCUGCUCUAUUUCUGCAAUGCCUCAACAGAUAGCAGCAGGAUGCUAAAUGCUAUGCUUCAGUAGCAGAAGGCUGUACCCUGAGCAAUUUGUAUGUACCCAAUUAGAACCAUUCUCCCUGACUACACUAGUCCCUUUUAAUAAGGGGUGAGAAGCUCCUUUAAUAAAAAAAAAAAAUUAGCCACAGCACCAUACUCCCGCCUCGUUGUCUCUCCACAUGCUUUCUUAAAUUGGAAAGCAAGCUCUUUAGCUUGGAGGAGAAGCCCCAAAGCAGACAUAUCUCCUUAUGUAUACAAGCAAAUUUGGUUUGCUUCACUGAAGCAUAGCAUGGUUACAUCCUUUUUUUAUAUUUUUAAUGAACUGGCUGACCUGUACUUUCAUGGAAGGGCCAACACUUUAAAAAGCCUUGCCACACCAUUCAGACACCAGUGGCUGUGAUUUGGAUCACCUUUCUGAAGAAGCAAAGCUGAUGUCAUCUUCACCAUCGCUGACAGCACUAAAACUGGCCUCAACAUCAGCAACAUCAUCAUUACCAGCACAAUAUAUAGAUAUAUGAUAACUCAUAGCAGGGCAGAAGUGGGGGACCUUUUUCUAAGCCAAGGGCCAUGGUAGACUUCCUGUGGUAGAGAGGGCCAGUGAUAAAAGACAGCAGAUAAAUGGGUGUUACUUUUCCCUCUAUACAGGACUAUAUUCUAGCCAUGCAAAAGUCAGAGGUUUGCACACAUGCAUCUAUCUAGGCAGGCAAGAGGCAUCAUUACAGUUCAAGGACACAUUGCAAAUGAGCAACAGCAAUUGAGGGGGACAUGGAGCAGGACCAGUGAGGAUUGUGACCUGGAGAGAGUCCCAAGAGACCUGGAGGUCUCUAGGCCUGAAAUACCCUGAAAUACCUUAGGGACCACUUUGUUUCAUACCAGUCUGUCUGCAGCCGAAGAUCUGUGUGGAACUGAUGAGCCUAUUUGAAAUACUACAGCAUGCUAAGGUUGCUCUUUGUUCCAUGAAAGCAUGGGGACUUUUGCUAGAGGUUUCAGGAUCUACAUUCAUAAAAAGGAGCUGCACUCCUAAACCACUUAAGCUUUUAUUCUGAAUGACUUCCCUGCAGCUUUUUAAAAAUGCAUUUGAACAUCCCAAGCUUUUGCAUAUGGAAACAUUUCAAAAAAGAAAUGGUGUCUUAUUUCCCCAGGGAUUCUGGAGCCAAAUUUGUAAAUCUGGCGUUACGCUCAACAUUCUCUAGCCUUAUAUCCUCCUCCCACAUUCUUUAUUAGACUGUAAUUUUGAGCGCUGUUGUUUGCUGUGGGAUCUCCAAAGUUGAAAUCCCAAAGGCACUUACAAAUAUUCGGAGCUGCAGUCAGAGAAAAUUUCACCUUGUGGGGGUGAAUGCUAACAUUGACGUGCCACUUCUUUCUUCCCCUUUCUCUCCCCACACCCAAAUCUCUCUCCCUCUCUCUCUCUCUGAAACAUAAACAGAAUUAUUAAGUUUAAUCAAAAAUGCACCAUCUCACUUUCCUACUGGCGAGUUCUUGAUUAGCUGACUGUAACUAUAUCAGCAGCAAUUUCAUUUGGAGCUGAAAUCAAAGCCAGUCUACUCAGACUCUGUUGGUCCACAGCUAACCUCAGGUUAUUUUAUUCUUUUAAUUUGAUGAGUUCCAGCUUUGAAAAAAAAUGCUCUCAACAGGACUGGCACUCAAAAACUCUGUGUGUUGUUGUCCAUAUGCAACGAAUCAGUAAACAGCUUGUCACACCAAGUGCAGGAAGCAGCAAGACCUACAUUACCUUAAUAUCAACAAAAGUGUUCUUUAGAGGCAUCUGCAGUGGGACACCAAGGCGGCGAACAUCUGUACUCUCAAGGGACAAUCUGUUCUCCAGACAAUGGCCACUGUCAGUAUUCUGUGGAAAAUGCUGAAAAUGUAGGUUUGUGCAACUGAAGUAGAUUAAAGCACUCUGGUGAAACAUAUCUACUUUAUAAAAAAAUACUUUUGUGAUUAGGAAAGUGGUGGGUUAGCAGAUUUUAAAAAAUGUAGGGUAAAUGACUGGUUGAUGGGGAAACCUAUAAACACCAUACAGGCAAAUCAGGAUGAAUGCCUCAGGUUAGGGACAGCUGGGAGGGGUGACAGAUCUAGGGGGCAGCAGCAUACCAGUCACCACCUCCUUCACUUGUCUCCCACCACCUCCAGCAUGUCCUGGCCUUCCUGGGCUGCCUCCAGUCACCUCAGGCAGCAGUGGUGCGGGCAGAGAAGCAGGCGAGAGUGCUAUUUUCUGCUUUGCCUCAAGUGGCAAAACAUUCUUGACCCCUAUAGUUUCUAGCCCAUAUAGAUUUUUGUUAAAAACUGAACAGAACUUUCUUCUGAAACAACUUGUUUCAACAAGACUGGCGCUUACAGGACUCCUGUCUUUAAUGCACAUCCAAGGAAAUGUUUGCUUAUCUCUGAUCAUUGCCCUCAUAGUGUCCGCAAGACUUAGUGUGACUGGCACUUCCUCCUUGAGGCAACUUCAAGAGAUGCAUCUAAUGAGCUGUAUUUUGAUACGCUACUUAAAGGUCCAAGGGUUUGAGACGGAACUUUCUGGUACAUAAGCUUCAUUCAUUCAAUCAAUCUGACCCUUCCUUCUGAGAUGAGCCUGUGAUGACAGUAUUCAUUAUGAUGGAUGCUUAUAUUUCUGCCUAACUUGCAGCCACACUGAAAACUGAGCUUGUAAGAUUGUCGUCUCAGAAUAUCAUCCCUUCAGCGUUACCCCCACCAACCAUGUGCAUCCUGCUACUUGCUGUAACGCUACAGCUAUAAGAUUGUGUUGUUUAGUAAUAAGGUGACUGAGGCUAAACAUAAUAGGUGAUAAAAGUGUGCCUGAUAUGUGGUUGAGACUGUGACUGACCACCUACAUGUGAGCAACUGCUCAUUAUUAGAUGCCACUUUGCAGGCAUCUAUACUCAGUGCCCACUUGUUAGGGGCAGGGUUGGUGGAAAGGGCAAUAUGGACAGGAAUGUAGACUUGGUCCUGAUCAAGCCUUCACAUAUAGCACUUGCAAACAAGGCUUUAUAUCUCAGCCUAGCCAUCCUCAGUAGCCUGUUGUGAUUUGUUGUGACACAUGAAUUACUUGGAAGGGAGUGAGAUUCGUAUGUGUUUGAUCUUUCAAAAAACAACAACAAUGAGAUGUGCUUGGUAGAAUUUUGUAAUAGCCACAAGACUUGGCUUGAUUUGAUCAUGUGUAAAUCAGCCUAGUUUUGCUUGGGAGCAGCUUUUCAAGUGUGUAAUAAACAUCUCUAAGCUUAAGAAGACUCAGGCCCCUGCAUCAAUUCAGAGGCUGACUAGUUCAGUUCGGGGGUCUGAGUCUUCUUUGUCCCCCACCCCUCCACUAUUGGAAAAUCAAUAUCCUUUUGACAGAAAGGGUUAAAAUUUGUGGGCACAGUAGCCCCUCAAGGAUGUGUAAAGUUUGCCAAAUUAUAGGAAGAUAGAUCCUGGGUCUUUUGUGCUGGACAACUGUAAGAUGGGGAGAUGGGUCCUAUCUAUACUUUUUAUUUGGGGCCAUAAUUGGAUAAAUCCCACUCCUCUCAAAAAGGAAACCAACCAUACUCUUUUUUCCCCUUAAUCAGAAUUCAGUGGUUUGUUGCUUUUCCGGAGCAGGUUGCCCCCCUAGCAGGAGCAACGGAAGGGGGGUGCGGUAGGUGCAGGCCACCCUGGGUGUCACCACUGACGAGGUUGACAAAAUGCCUGAGCCAUGCAUCUCUCCUGGCAGAGAUGCAGCAGCUUGGGUGCGCACAGGCUCUGCGCUGCCCAAAUGGUCCACCAGCUGCCUCCCCCUCAGCUGGGUGACUGAAUGGGAGGCGGCAGGCAAACUCUGAAGGCCCCGCGGUGUGCCCUGCACCUAUGGGCGGCUUGCGCCACCCCAGGCACCCGAGUGGCUUCCUCCGCCACUGCCCCCUAGAUCAGCUUCAAACACUUCCCUGUCUUAUAAAGAUAAUCCCCUAAAAUACCUAUUCCUCUGUUUGUACAGAUGAAAAGAAAGGGAAACGAAGGAUCAGGACAACAUUCACAGCAGAGCAGCUUCAAGAGCUAGAGAGGAUCUUCCACAUUACACACUACCCAGAUGUUAACAUCCGCAACCAGCUAGCAGCAAAGAUCAAUCUUCCAGAAGCCAGGAUCCAGGUAAAUUAUUUGUCCCUCUGAUAUAGGGUCAGUCCAAUACAUUUUGCUGCCUGAAGCAAACUAAAGUGUGUGGCUGUAAAUAUGCUCAGAAAAUGGGUAGGAUGGAAUCCUCCCAUUCAUUACAAUCCACGUGCCUGGAUGUAUUGGAAUGGGCAAUCUGUUUUAAUUAGGUUGGUUCACAGAUCCUCUAAAUCAGUGUUCCCCAACCUUUGGUCUCAGGCAGCUUUUGGACCACAAUUCCCAUCAUCCCUGACCACUGGUCUUCCUAGCCAGAGGUGAUGGGAAUUGUAGUCCAAAAACAGCUGUAAACCCAAGGUUGGGAAACACUGCUCUAAAUUAGUGGCUCCCACCCCACCUCCUUGGUUCCAUCAAUUCACCCCCAGUGUCCCCUAUAAAAAGCAUUAUUCAGAAAAGUGGUUUGCAUGGCCCACUAAGGAAGGUAAUAACACCAUAAAAUUCAAAACAGUAACUAUUCAUUGCAUAUUUAUUCAAAAUCCAAUCAAAGCUAUAUAAGUAAUUCAACAAAAUGGAUGAGCCAGUGAUACCAGCUUUUCAAAGUUUGAAAAUCAAUUGACACCUCCAGCAACAUCCCCCCCCCUUGCCUCUUAGUGUCCCCCAAGAUAAUCCUAGCACCCUCCAGUGGGUGGUACUGCUCACUUUGAGAAACACUAGAUUGUUAUAUUUUAAUGACUAUAAGCUGCUCACCAUAAACGUUUGUGUCGUGAUUCUUCUUUUUAGUGGCAAAGCCCUGUUUUCAUCACCAUGUGAGUUUUAUUGAGAAAUAACUUUUAAAAAUGAUUUCCCAGUAAGCAAUCUCCAAUGCCCUGCAUUUGUAGCUGAAUUCAUUAUAUUUGAGCUUGUAUUCAGUUGCAAAGCCAUGUGCUUGAUAAAAGGUAAUGUUCUGACCAGAGUAGCCCCAGCAUGUCCCACUUUCAGGUGGAGAUAAACAAACCCACCUUGGCUCACUAUCAGAAUGGCUCGUAAAAAUCAGCAAACAGUUCAUUGCUUACUCCAAACCCAGUUUUCCUGAGGCAGUUCUUCAAAGCAGCCCCCAGCAAAGCAAGAGCAAAACUUGUUUUUGAAUUUAAAUUCUUAGAUUAGAUGAGAAGACACAUCUCUCCGUCUUGUUUAAGUGAUCAUAUCUAAGAGCCAUUUCACAGGCAAGGCUUCCCCCCCCUACACUAGUGUUUCAUAGUGUGGGGGUGGAUAGAGAGCCUUCAGAUAUGAAUAUCAUUUGCAUAUAUUCAUUGUCAAGAAGUGUACACUUAUUCUCAGCUCAUUGCCAAUCAAAAGAAUGAAACCUCAAAAAAUGUCAUUUGCAUCUUGGUCUCAGUGAAUCUGCAGGGUUGAAUUUUCAUAAGAUGUCACAGAAUCAUAGAAUCAAUGAAUUGUAGAGUUGGAAGGGACCUCGAAGAUCAUCUACCCCAACCACCUACAAUGCAGAAAUCUCAGCUAGUCAAUCAACCAGCUACAAAUCCACCUAAAUUUGGGUUCCUCACUAGUCCUUCUGGUAGUCUUCACCAUUUGCAAUUCCACAGGUGUUCAAAUUAAUUUCUUUCUUUUUAAAAUAUUUUGCUUUUUGUUUUUUAACAAUUUUCCUAUACAUUUAAAUCAUUUACAAUUUUUGUGCAUCUGAGAUUACUUGAAUCCCUGGGCUUACCCCCCCCCCCCAUGUCCAAUAUUUAUCUGUUCUGGUCUGUCUAUUGCAUCUAAUUAUAUUUUUCAGAUCCAUUUUGUAUCCAUUUUUAACUUUAGUCUUAUUACAUUAUAAGUGUUAUAACAAUCCUGCUAACGUUUUUAAAUAUCUACAGUGGUGCCUCGCAAGACGAAAUUAAUCCGUUCCGCGAGAGUCUUCGUCUAGCGUUUUUUUCGUCUUGCGAAGCAACCCUAUUAGCGGCUUAACGGAUUAGCGCUAUUAGCGGUUUAGCGGCUAUUAAAGGCUUAAAGGCUUAGCGGAUUAGCUGCUAAAAGGCUAUUAAAGGCUAUUAAAGGCUUAGCAGAUUAGAUAAAGGGGCGAAAAGCGAAAAAAAUCUCAAGACUUGCAAGACAUUUUCGUCUUGCGAAGCAAGCCCAUAGGGAAAUUCGUCCUGCGAAGCAACUCAAAAACGGAAAACCCUUUCGUCUAGCGGGUUUUCCGUCUUGCGAGGCAUUCGUCUUGCGGGGCACCACUGUACAGUGAUCUUUAAGGUACUCUAUAAAUUAUUCACACUCUUUGCUGAAUUUCUUAUCAUCUUGGUGUCUGAUCUUCACAGUCAUUUUUGCCAUUUCAGCAUAGUCCAUCAUCUUGAUUAUCCAUUCUUCUUUGGUUGGGACUUUCUCUUCCUUCCAUUUCUGGGCAAAAAGCAUUCUUGUGGCUGUCAUCGCAUACAUAAACAGUCUUUUCAAGUCCUUUGGUAUUUCAUCUCCUAUUAUUCCCAAUAAGAAAGCUUCUGGUUUUGUUUUGUUUUUUGACAAAGGUUGCCUUAAACAUUUUUUUCCAAUUCAUUAUAUAUCAUUUCCCAGAAUUCUUUUGCUAUUCUGCAUGUCCACCACAUGUGAUAGAAUGUGCCUUCUUUUCCCUUACUCCUCCCAGCAUAAGUUGGAAGUGUUUUUUAUACAUUUUUGCUAAUCUUAUAGGAGUCAAAAACCAACAGUAUAUCAUUUUCAUAUUGUAUUAUUUCAGCGUACAAGCCGUGAAUUAUAAAUCCUCCUUCCACAACUUUUCCCAUGGGUUAAGUUGUAUGUUAUACCCAAUAUCUUUUGCCCAGUGUAUCAUUACUGAUUUGACUUCUUCAUCCUUAGUAUCCCAUUCUAACAGUAGUUUAUACAUUUUUAAUAAUAAUUUCUUAUUGUUUUCCAAUAGAUCUUUUUCGAACCUUGAAACCAGUCCCUUUAUCAUUCCUAAAUAUAUCACUUAGUGAUAUUGUUACCAGUCCAUUAAUAUGUGUUUUUUAUCAUAUUAUCAAUUUUUUUCCGUUUCAGUUGAUUUUCAACUUCAGUUAACAGCUCUUUAUAGGUUGUCCAUUCCCUUUUCAUGUUAAGUUUUUUAACAGAUAUCACCUCCAAUGGGGAGAGCCACUAUGGCGACCACAGGUGUUCAAAUUAAAAUCCAUUUAGUUCUUAUAUUUUACCAGAAACAAUUCUCAGUUGUGGACACAUUUAUUUAUUCUAAUAUAUUUUUGGUUGAUUUCAUUUCUUCUCUUCCCUCACACAUAGAUCUGGUUUCAGAAUCAGCGGGCAAAGUGGAGGAAGCAUGAAAGAUUUGGCAAUUUUUGUGGUCUUCAGCAUCUAACUGAGGUUGAUUUUAUCCCAGCUCCAAAGGCAGAGACAGUAGUGAGUAUAAAUGACCAUCUGUAAAGGGAGGACCGACCUUGUUAAACUGAGACUUUUUGUACAUAUAAAUUGUACUAAUUAAGAAUAAAUACUGAACCUUGAAAAAGCAGGUAAUAAACACCCUGAAAUGUUUCUGAUUAACAGUUUUGGGUUAGGCACUACUUGUCAUAGUUUUGCAUAGAAUUGUAGGUGUUUUUGUAAAAGCACAAAUAGGCUUAACAGUAAUAGCCUUGCACAGAGAGGCAUCCAAGAGUCUAGCACAUGUUUUAGCAAGCAACACUAAAAUACCAUGAACUCAGACCUUGUUAUCCAUUCUGGCCUACAAACCUCAAAAAAUACAUUCCUUUCUUCACCCUCCAACCCCAUCUCUAUGGAGCUCAGAGUUUAAUGUCUGCAUACCAUGGCUAAUACAAACCAGAAACUGAAACAAUAGUCUGAGCUGUGUUUGCAAACCAUGGUUUUGAUUACUUCAAAACUUCAUCUCUACACAGCUGCUUUUUCUAUUCUAAUCCCAACACGUUCUAAACCCUGGAUUUACAUGUUCUGCAAAGGCUGGAACUGUCUGACAGCGCAUUUCUAUUAUUGUCUACUCAGAAGUAAGUCCCACUGAGCCCCUGUACAGGGUUGCAGCCUGAAAGAGUUAUUUGGUUGGCAAACAAUAUUUCUGUCCCAUCCUCCGCCCACACAAACCCUCGCAAUCACCAGAACAAAAUGAUUUCUUUUCUCCCUUACUGAUUGCCUGUCACUAUAUUUUAAGGACUCCAUUUAGAGGUACUCUCUGAAACUUUGUUGCUUUUUUAUUGCUAAACACUGAAGGGAAUUGAUAAGGCAAGUCGUGUGUUGCUCAUAAAUUGCACCCGGCUAAAAGCCUGCAUUAGUGCGCCUAAGAUUCUCUUUCUAUCUGUCUUAUGACAGGGUCCCUGCCGAGUGCCAUGCAGCCGUUGUGACAUAGGCCCCCACCCAUGGCAGUACUUCUCGAUCCAAGAGCAUUCCUCAUCUUCCUGGUUACCAGACAUGACGCCCUGUGCCCUGCUGCGCACGGAUCCAAUGAUGUUCUCAAAGCCUUAUCUACUCUUUGACUACCUUCCUCAGUACAGCCUCCCACCUCUGUCCUUGAAACCAGCAUGGAGGCAUAUUGGUGGCAAUUUCACAUAG